GUGGGGUUCACUAGUCGUUGAGGUGCCAGGCUUGGCCCCAGCCGGCCACAAACUCUCUCUCUCCAGCCACAUGCCUAGUGUUAUUUAUAUAUAAAACGCAUAUCCUGUGCAGUGGUUCCAUCUCCCGUGCAGUGUUGUAGUUCGUAUUAGCGUCGUCCACCCAGUGGUCCAAGUGUGAUGUUAUGACCCUCGUGUUGGUCUGAAGGAACGAGAAACCUAGCCUCCCGGAAAAUUGAAAUUCUUCGAAUUUGUGUUGUGUGGGGUGUUAAUGUGAAUUUCAGGUGAAUAUUGGACAAAUUCAAACAAUUUGGCAGCGUCUUGUUCUAGCGGGUGUUUUGCAGGACUCAGGACUCUUCAGACACCCCCAGCAGGAGAGGACUGAAGACUCACUACAGUCUGUUCAACAGUCUCGCUCGUUUAUAUCCUCAGGGAAGGAGUUUUUGGUGUUUGUGCAAGUAAGUUUUGUAUAGAGGCUGUAGAUCAAAUGUGAAUUAAAUAGUCAGUGCUUUGGUGAUGACAAGUUGAGACCAGACAACUGAUAGCUGACUUCUGAGAAUGUUCAUUUGCAGGUAGUGUCAAAAGACAGAGAUUGUUUGUAACAUACGGUGUUCACAAGAAAGAUAAAAAAAGCAAGACUGAUUCAACUAAUUAUAGAAAACGAGUAGUGGGUGUAGAAAAUGAAGGAGGAUGAGACGGCGGAACGGGAGGCGGGAGCCCAUGUACACCAACACUUCCGGGAGGUGGUAGCAGCCUUCGUGCAAGAUUUCUCCGAGCGUCAGGCUGCAGGGGAAACCAAGAUCCGUCAGAUCGAGAGAAAACUUAGCGAUACCACCGGUGAGCUCAGUCUCCUGCGCCAGAUCUUACACGACUACGAAACGAAAAUCAACGAAGAUAAUGACCUUAUCCUGAGAUUGGAGCGGGAGAUCGAGGCCCUACAAGGUAGGGUGAGGAACAUCGAUAAGAGGAACAGUCAAACGACGGCCCUCAGUACCAGAUUGGAGGUGCGGCUGGAGAAUCUGAAGGAGUGUCUCACUCAGACCUGCAAUGACACACAGCAGGGUGUGAGGAAACUGCUGGCAAAUUUUGUCAAAAUACAAUUAUCUGGAGGUUACAGCGGACAUACUAAAGGCUUCCACAAGGAAGAUGCCAGUGGGGCCCUUGCCACGGAGACACCUCUCUUCACCCACACCACCGAUGAUACGGUGGAGGGCACAGCGAACUUCGAAUUAAACGACAUGAGCGAGACUUUGCGAUUAUCAAAGUCGUGGUCACCAGAUUUGCAAUCCUCAGAUUCGCGAUUGAUUUUCGCAGACACAACAACACCUGCGUCCUGGUCUUCAGCGACGCUCGAGGUCCCUCCCUCUGCGAACGACAGUGACUUGCCGAAGAACGAAGGAACGUCGAUCGACAUUACCCCAGCGAACGACACAUCCCCAUCGACCGUUGAAUGUGUUCACUACAGUGUUGCAAAACCUAUAAACAACACGAGUAUCUCUCAAGACGACCUCGAUCUUGUGCACUGUGGUGACGCUGCUGCUGAGCCCAGCAACACCUCUGCUGUCAGUUCUUCUCAGAACUACAACGACGUCACAGAAACGACAUCUUUCAGCUCUUCUGGUGGCAUCCCGAGUAAUGCUGAGACUCAAACCCCUGCCAGCACUCAAGCUACGAUUGACACACUUCCUGACAGCACCGAGAAUCCCACCAACACUCAUGCCAGCACCCUCACUGUGAUUGACACACUUCCUGACAGCACCGAGAAUCCCACUAACACUCAUGCCAGCACCCUCACUGUGGUUGAUACACUUCCUGACAGCACCGAGAAUCCCACCAACAUUCAUGCCAGCACCCUCACUGUGGUUGACGCACUUCCUGGCAGCACCGAGAAUCCCUCCAACACUCAUGCCAGCACCCUCACUGUGGUUGACACACUUCCUGACAGCACCGAGAAUCCCACCAACACUCAUGCCAGCACCCCUACCAGCACCCCCACUGUGGUUGACACACUUCCUAACAACACUGAGAAUCCCAACAACGCUCAUACCAGCAUUCCUACCAGCACUGUGGUUGACUUACUCCCUGACAGCAUUCAGACUCUUACAAACAGUCAGUGCAUUGACACUCACAUUUCUCCUGAUGUUCCGAGCCUUGACAACUUCCUGGCUCCUGAUAUCAACCAGAAUCCUGACGUUACUCAAAGUUCUGAUGUUAUCGAAAGUUCUGACGUCAACCCAAGUUCCGAUAUCACUGAAAGUCCCGACAUCAACCAAAGUUCCGACAUCACCGAAAGUCCCGGCAUCAACCAAAGUUCCAACAUCACCGAAAGUCCUGACAUCAACCAAAGUUCUGACAUAAACCAAAGUUCUGACGUCAACCAAUAUUCUAACGUCAGCAGUUCUGACGUCGUCAACCAAAGUUCUGACAUCAGCAGUUUUGACGUCAACCAAAGUUCUGACAUUAGCCAAAGUGCUGACAUCACCCAAAGUUCUGCCAUAAACCAAAGUUCUGACGUCAACCAAAGUUCUGACAUCAGCAGUUCUGAAAACAACCAAAGUUCUGACGUCAAUCAAAGUUCUGGUAUCAGUCAAAGUUCUGACAUCAACCAAAGUUUUGAUAUCAACGAAAACCCUGACAUCAGCCAGAGUUCUGAUGUUAAACAAAGUUCUGACAUCAACCAAAGCCGUGACAUCACCCAAAAUUCUGACGUCAACCAAAAUCCUGACGUCAACCAAAGUUCCGACAUCAUUGUAAGUUCGGACAUAAACAGUGCCCAGAGUCUUCCCGAGGGCGUCCCAGACAGCCCCGAGGGAGGCACCAAGUCUGACAGGGUACCACCUGGCCAACAACCCCGAGGGGGGAACAAGGGCAGGAGGUACCCGAGGGGGCGAAGGGGAUACCCCCCAACACCUCCCUCCAGAGGUCAGCGAACCAGCAGCUACAGUGAGGAAACUAAGAGCUUAAACCGGAGGCCUCCGACACACGGUGCCGGUGAAGACCGCACUCACAGGAGAGAGAGAACAAUAAGCGCUGGAGAAGAACAGUCGAACUGGAGAACAAGAACAGGUGAUGAAAUGAACGGGAGAAAGAGAACGACAAGCGCUGGAGAACAACAGUCAAACUGGAGAACAAGACCAAAAGAUAGGGAAGAACAAGCGAACGCCAAGGAAAGAACUCCAAGCAGUGGUGAAGAACAUCAGAAUAAGAGGAAGAACAGACGUAAGAGUACAGCGAACGACGGUGAAGAACUCUCAGACAGAAAGGAGAGGAUCCCAAGCACUGGUGAAGAACAGGCCGGCUCCGGCACGCGCCGUCGUACAGUUAGUGUUCAAGAAAAACACUUUAACACCACGAAACAACGCACAGACAGUUCUAGCAGUGAACAAGGUAAGCAGAACAGGAAGUACCGGACGAGUGUUGGUGAAGAACAUGAGAAGUCGGAGAACAAGGGCGAAAUGGUUAAUACGCAGAGCAUCGAUAAACGAAGUUCUACAAAGGGCAGUGAACGCAUGAAGAACCAGGGCAGGAAGAACAAGGGACAGGUCAAAGAAGAACACACAAUAUCAGAGAAGAACCAGGGAAAGGAAGAGGCGAUAUCUUCUAGCGCUAAGGAACGACCAGCCUCUGAAGAGAACGCUGAAGAACAGACGUGUUAUAUUAGCAGUAAAGAACAAAUUUUCUCACCGGAUAGUGAACAAAAUCUAAAGAGUAUUAGUGAUGAACAGAUUCCUCCCUUUGAUGCCAAAGCAGAAUACGUAAUAUUUCACACAAGUGAACAACCAGUGGCAUCCGUGAACAAGGAAGAACAACUAACAUCCACGAGCAACGAAGCACAAAUAUCAUACCAUUGCAGUGGAGAACAAACGUAUGAAACAAUAGAAAAGCAAACGAAGUCGCAAAAGAACGAAGAACAGGUCGACCCAGUCGUCAGCACAGAACACACCAGAGGAAAGCAAAGUGAAGAACAAACAAAAGUGAAGCAGACUAAGGAACAAACAAAACACGAUCAAGCAGAACAAACAAGACUCGGUGAAGGAAGAGAGAAACUCGCAAACAACGAAAAACAAAAACAGUACAAGAAAAGCAAACAAUUCAGACACAAGAACACGGAACAAACGAAAGCAAAAAGCUCAGAACAAUCAACGUCCGACCACACAUGGAGAACAAAACUCAGCGAUAGCGAAGGACAGACAGAACACGCGAAACCCGAUAACAGUGAAGAACAAACAGAACACGAGCCUGAAAAAGAAGUUAAAACCAUGAACACAGAAGAACAGGCGAAACUCGAGGAAAAGCAGUGGCUCAAGAACAAAGAAGAACAGGCAGAACCUGAGACUAUAGAACCAAAAUCUGCCAACACUGGAGACGAAAGAAAGACAAAGACCGAAGAACAAGUGGAACUUGAGAAUGUUGAAGAACAAACAGAAUUCAAGAAUGCUGAGCAAGUGGAAGUUACGAAGGAUGAAGAACAAACGGAAUGCAAGAAUACUGAACACACAGAACUCAAGAAUUCUGAGGAACAAAUGGAACUAAAAGAUGAACAAGCGAAACCGAAGAAUGAUAAAGAACAAAGGAAACUGAAGAAUGAACAACAAAGGGAACUCAAAAAUGCUGAAGAGCAAGCGGAAUUUGAGAAUGCUGAAGCUCAAACGGAACUCAAGAACAGUGAAGACCAAACAGAACUCGAGACAGAAGACAGAACAAAAGCAAUAACCAUCGAAGAACAAAUUAAACUUGAGAACUUAGGAGAGCAAGCAGUUCAGCAGGUAUAUGUGGAACCAAUAACCUCUCAGAACACAGAAGAACAAAUGUUGAAUCAUAAUGAUGGACAGCACCUACGUUCUGAGGGUGCUGAAGAACCAGUCGAGCCUAAGAACAAAGAGGAACAGGAUCCUCAACGGUCAGUCAGAACGCGGGAGCGACGGGUAACCUUUAGCCAAUCAGAGAGCGCACCUCGGGUAGCGUUGAGCCAAUCAGAGAGCACACCUCGGGUAGCGUUGAACCAAUCAGAGAGCGCACCUCGGGUAGCGUUGAGCCAGUCAGAGAGCGCACCUCGGGUAGCGUUGAGCCAAUCAGAGAUGACACCUCAGGAUGUCAACAAAAGUGGUGGUAGCUCGGGAAGUCCUGACCAAGAGGCUACAAGCGCCUCCCAGGAGAGUCACGAUGUAGGCUCAGGAAUAGUAGCGGCAGCAGCAACAGCGGCGGCACCAGUAGAAGCAGCAGUAGCAGUAGAAGCUGCAGCAAAAGUAGAAGCAGCAUCAGCCGUAGGAGCAGAAGCAGCAGUAGCGGCCGUAGAACCAACAGGCGAAACAAAGUCUGUCAUGACGAAGCAGAGGAAGGCCCAAGAGCUGCAGAGGCAAAGCAAAAAGGAAGGCUACGAGGGGGAAUAUAUCCAUCACAGACGGCUUCCCGCUAAGGAAGAGCCAGAAACAGCUCUUCCCGCUCUCCAACGUCGAAGCUUCAGGAUGGAGGGGACAGAUGACAGCCAGGAACCAGAGGUGGGCAUGUGCGCUAACUGCGGCUUCAUCGCCAAACUGCGCUGCGCAAACUGCCGUCAAGCCUUCUACUGUAAGCGGGAGUGCCAGAGGGACCACUGGAAGAAUGGACAUAAGGACCAGUGCCAGCCUUUCCAGGUGAUGACGUCAGCAGAACUGGGUCGGUACAUGGUAGCGUCACGUGACCUCAAGGCUGGUGAUGUCAUACUGAAGGAAGAUCCCAUAGUGGUGGGACCUAAACAGAUCACUGAACCUCUCUGUCUAGGAUGUUAUAAGAGAGUUGACGGAUCCUACAGGUGUCAGAAGUGCCAAUGGCCCAUGUGUGGCCCAGCGUGCGAGGCUGCUCCCGACCACCUGCCAGAGUGUGUGGUCGGCCAGGAGAUAGGCUCACCCAUCGAGAUUGCUAACUUCGACGAACCUAACCACUUCUACGAGGUCGUCUUUCCUCUCAGAUGUCUUGCUCUAAAGAAGAAGUCGCCGAAGAAGUACGAGCAACUCUUGUCGCUUGAGAGCCAUUAUGAGGAUCGUAAGGGCACCCACCUCUACCAGGAGAACCAGAAGAGCAUUGUCAAUUUUCUCCGUAACUAUUUCUUCAUCCAAGAGUUCCCCAUUGAGGACAUAGACAGCUCGGAAAAAUCUAUCCAUACCAUCACCGGCAUCAUUGACGUCAAUGCCUUGGAGAUCCGGCUGAAAGAAUCUGAGGUGUUGGGGUUAUAUCCGACCUUCGCUAUGCUGGAGCACUCGUGCACUCCCAACACCAAGCACGCCUUCAACAAGGAUCGUCAGGUAACAGUGAAGGCGGCAGUGGACAUCAAGCGUGGGGAGCACAUCAGCACAAUGUACACGCAUAUACUAUGGGGUACAGCGGCGAGAAGAGAUCACCUUAAACACAGCAAGUACUUUAUGUGCACUUGUUUCCGCUGCUCCGACCCUACUGAGUUGGGCACACACUUCUCUGCUCUACGUUGUAAACAGUGCACUAAUGGUUUUAUGCUGUCAGCCGCGCCACUAGACGAACUGGCCUCCUGGAUCUGCACCACCUGUAACGGCACCAUGACUGCUGAAGAAGUAACAGACAUAAAUCUAAAAUUAGGAGAGGAAAUUGAGGCAGCGCUUGCCAUGCCGGUUUUGCAAUCUCUAGAAAAAUUAGUUCAGCGUCAUGCUAAAACUACCGUCCACCCGAAUCAUUUCCAUCUGUUCGCGGCUCGCCACACAGUCCUGCAGAUGUAUGGCCGCGAUCCUUCCAGCGUAGGCCAGGAGUCCAUGAAGAAGAAGGAGAAGAUGUGUCAGGACUUCUUGAAGGUAUGCACGGCUUUGGAUCCCGGCAUGGCCAGACUGGCGCCUUAUGCGGGUGUAGCACUUUAUGAGUAUCACUUAGCAGUCCUCGCCCGCGCACGCCAGGAACCUGACGCCAAGCAGGUUGACACCGUAGCUCUCAAAAAAGACGUGGAGACGGCUAAGGCCCUCCUUCAGCAGUGUAUCCGUGUGCUACAAGAUGAACCUAAGGACCAACCCGAGGGACAGCUGUGUCAGGUAGCUCAACAGAACUUAGCAGAGCUGCGGCAGUGGGAAGCGACGUUAUCCUCCCCUUAAACGUUCCUGCUACAGGUAUAUGUGUUGCCAUGGUAGGGUUCUUGCAUUGCCCACUAAUGUCGCCUUUUCAACCCUCGACAUUGCUCACUGGCUACUCUGAGGGUGUCGCUAGUCAUGACGUUAGUCAAGAGACUGCAGUUACUUCUGGGAAAGGUAAUCUUUGCCAAUGUCAGUCACGAUGAAUCUGGUGUUAUAGUAAAGGGUGCUAUAUGCUAUACACCUAUGUGCUAUACAGUUCACAUCCUGAUGACUCCCCAGAGAUGAGAAAUAGGCUAAAAUUGAUGUUUCAAAACUCAGAUUGCAGUGAACUAUAGAUUACCUCACGAAAUAGUCUACGGUCACCAUAGACUUGAAUUUGUUUAAAGAGUAACUGUUUAGAGUGUGUGAAGCAGCAAGGGAGUUAACCUGGUUAAGACAAACAUUGAGUGUGUGAAGCAGCAAGGGAGGUAACCUUGUUAAGACAAACAUUGAGUGCUGGCCUCCGUCCACUGGAUCUUAACAAAUGCGGCCGAAAUUUGUUGCGUCCGGUAAUAGGUGUAAGAUAAAUUACGUUUCUGCUUUAUGGAACCUGAAACAAAACUUACGUGAUAAGUGUUACAUACUAAAGAAUUUCACGUGUUAAAUGAAAGCGUGGAUGUUAUCUUUACUUACCAUUAAGUGUAUAAUUAUGAAGAAAAGUAAUAAUGUUUGUUAAACCGGAAAUGUGUUAAGCUGUUGUCCUUUGGUAAUAAGAGUAAAGAUCUCUUAAAAC